AUGGAGACUUUUCAAGAUGGUACCAAACACUAUAUCGAUCAAGGGGUGCAAACAGACUUAGGAAGUCCGGUCCCUACCAAACUUGCUGCUGCUGUGUCUGAUCUCGUAUAUUACUCUUGCGACGUGUCUUCUGAAUUCGAUAUUAUUCACUCUUCAUCUAUGGUAGAUCACUCUCGGUCCUCGACUCGAUUCCACAGCGCAUAUAGCCGUGCCUCGGAUGCGAUAGAGGACUCGGAGGAUUCGGUUGUGUCCAUUACCACUUCUUCUCGCGCAUUAAGGCAACCCCAAUAUUUGCAAAAACCAUCAAGACCUAGCGUUCACGCUCAUGGGAGUCAUCCAUCCAGAGUCGUAUCUCUUCCUGAAACUAAGUCGGCAUUUUCGGUGAAGGAGAAUUCAGGGGGAAGGCGCGUUGUGUCUAUGCCCCUACCUGGAGAAUCAAGUUUUUAUGCAGAUGAUUCUCAGUCCACUAAUUUAUCAAACCAAUCUCUCCUAUCUGGAUCAGAUGUUCAGCCUCGAGGACGCAUGCAUUCCCUUGGCUCGGAAAUCCCGCAUACGCCCUCUCUGCCCUCGUCUCCUGAGUCAGUCGUUAUAAUUGCGAAUAAGGACAAACUCUCGGAAGGAUUCUUGCGCAACAAUAAUCUCGAUUGUCAUCCGCCCACACCCCCGGACGACGACGGUUGGGUCAGCUGGGCCAACUCACCUCCCCGUCCUAUACCAGCUCUUCAUGGCCCCUUAUCUCUACCAUAUGCUCGAUGUCCCUCCGGGGCUGAGGGUACUAUCAUUGAGGAACAGGACAACCUACCCCGUAUGAUUUGGGGCUUGGAGGGCGAAGUUGGGCCUGUCGGUCGGAUGCGCUCAGAAUUAAUCCCGGAUUCCCCUUCUCAGCACUACCGUAAGGGGGCAUCGCAGGGCAAGCAUCACCACACGCCGGGAUUACAGGAUACAACACCUGGAGCUAUAAAGUCUGCUCCGAGCGAAGCUGUUCGAUUGCUGGAUUCCCCACUGCAACGUGCUACCGUUUCGGACCUCGCAGUGCAUAAUGUCAUGUCUCGCCCACGUUACGGGGUGACUGGUAGGGCUCUUCGCUAUCAAGAAUCACUCGAGCUUGCAGAUGACAGGAGAGUCGAAUCUGAAGGCGCACCCAUGUCUCAGCUUCGUGACUACGAUUUUACUAGUGCUCUGGGCUCUGCUGUACAUGGUCUUCGAUCUUUUGGCUUGAAAGAUGACCUGGGACUUCAUUGGGAUUCUAAGCUGUUGUGUUCUGAAAGGUUCAAAGAUUCUGCGCUGGUAUCAUCUGCUCCAAUUCUGAGCUCUGAAUCUAUCGGUAGCUUCCCGUCUCCGGUGACCUCGUCUGUCAAGUCUUUGAUCUCGUCUCGCUCUCCCAUGAAUACAGUUUCUCUUAAUCAGGUUUCUCAGUUCUCGCAUCGUAACGUCCCGCCUCGAAGACUCUCCGCCCUGGAAAUAGCCCAGCAGUACCGCCAACAACAGCUGCAACAACAGAAUCUCCUGCCAACCCCGCCCAACUCUUCAUCACCGAUAUGGUCAUCAGCCUUCUCUCCCUACCAAGGUUCUCUGUUGUCUCCAGAAUUGCUGUCCGUAUCUAAUCGGCCAAGACUGUCGCCUAGCUUCGUCCAGACGUCGGAUAUGUAUAUGUAUCCGGACGCUGUUAGGCAGUUUCCGAAAUCUCCAAAGAACAGCAUCUCGAAUAUGGGAACUUCUAGUCUCCAUACACUUGCACCUGCCAUUCAGAUUGGUGACGAUCUAGGAGAUCUCACGUCCUCUAUUUACGAUGUUGAUACUCGUAGUCCUCUUCCUAAAUGCGUGCGCAGUCAAUACCUCGCUGGCUCGGCAGUCCUCCGCUCAGCAAAUCAAAUCCCGCAAUCUUCUGCCUCACUCCGACCUCCUCCAAACACUCCUUUGGGGCUGGUUUCUGCGGCUCGGACUAUGACUGAUUCUGCUGGCAACAUCCUACCUAGUUCUCCCUUGUCUCAAGCGCGCUUGCACGGUGCUACUCAACAAUACUCUCGCUCAGUUCCCCUCGCACGCCUCAUCCAGCGACGUCUAUCAUCAGUACCAGAAGAAGACUUGAACUUAGCGUCGUCUGGAGUUCUCCACCCUUAUAAUUUAUCUUUGGAAAAUCCAUCGGGUCAGGUGGUGCGCGAUUCUCAGCCGCAUUUUUUACUUUCGCCCCCCACUCCGCAUUCUCACGGCCAGCGUACUCCCAGUGCACACAGUCCUUUAUCAUCCUACCACAGUGGCAUCGUGGACGAUGGAAUGGUUUCAAUGAUGACACACGCUGACGCUAACACCGAAAGGGUCACAGUCAGACUUCCUAGCGCUGUGUCGAGAAAUAUUACAGAUGCGGACGCACUUAUCGCCCUCAACAACGACAGUGUGAACAGGCACCGAGAAGCGAUAAGAGAAGUCUCACUUCAUGGCCAUGAAGAGACCAAGGGAAAGAGUUUCAGAAGGGGUACAAGGGGACGGAGGGGCAGGGCAAGCGCUGCUCGAACUACCAACGGGCCCGAGAGGGUCGAUGGUGGAUUGGUUGUCAAAUCUUGA